AUGUCUUCACUAAAUUCUCACCAAAUCUCCAGAAAAAAUAGAUUGGACGCUUUAAGAUCAAAAAAACGUAAAAUCGCUUCUAUCGUUGACCCCAAUGAACCAAAAAUUCAAUCCCCAACCGCUCAAUUAUCUAAUGAUAAUGAUAAUGAUGAAACCAUAUUGAAUGAAGAUGAUAAUUCGCCUACUCAACCAAACACAAAAAAAAUUAACCUAGUCUCAAGAAACUUCAAUCAAUCUCUGAAAAAUCCUACAAACGCAUUUUCAAACAUCUAUAAAUUAAACGAAAACGAAACUGUCGAAUUCCUAUCAACUAAAAUUCAAAAUCAAAUACUCCACAAAUUGUCAAUUUCAAUUCACAACUCCAAUACUUCCAAUACUUCCAAUACUUCCAAUACCUCCAGUAUCAUCAAAAAAAAAAAUAAAAGAAACUUGGAUUUGAAAUUAGACUUAAAACCCCAAUUCGACCAAUUGGAAUUGCAAACAAACUUAGCUUUAUCAAAUAUCCUCAAAAAUAAAUAUAAAACCGAUUCCUAA